AGCUUCCCCAAUAGUUAUUGCCUUAGGUGGCUUUUGUUUUCCUUUGUGUUCAAUAUCUGCCAGCUUAGCAGAUAGACUCUGCGCUCCUUCGCCGUUGCUCAAGUUGGCUUCCAACAUUAUAGGCUUUCCAUGUCCUCGGAUCAUUGCUGUUCUUUUUCACAACCUUCACUCUUUCCUAUUUGUUUGUUUGCUGUAGCUUCUCGGAUGUUCUCCCGCAACACGUUUGUGAUGUCGCGAUGGAGGUCCGCGUUGCCGACGUUUGUGCGUCGAGCAGUACAGGUGGAUCAAAUGGAGCUGGACUCUGCCCUGUCGCAAAUGUACUCGCUCUGCACAAACCCGUCUCUUGUCAGCAAGAUGAGUCGAGCACGCAUGAUGACGAAAGGCCACUAUUACCGCGACGACCCGGCCUUUCUGGUGCUACAACUCGGCUUCAUUGUUAUUUCCACUUUAGCGUAUGGCCUAGUCAUGGCAUCCUCAGCGGGAGCUGUGUUUUUUACGAUCUUCAGCAGUGUACUACUGUUUCUUAUAAGCGGGCUUGUUCUCGCGUGUAUUGGUCGCGCCGUGGCGGUAAUGUACCUUCCUUCUACGUCCUUGUCCCACGGAAGCAACACAGGCGGCGCCGCUUCGGGUCCCAGCACCGGUCUCGACGUCUUCAAUGACUACCUGCGGUCGGAUGUGGACUGGCGCUACGCGUUUGAUGUGCAUUGCAACGGAUACCUCACCUACUUUAUUUGGACCCAGGUAAUCCAGUAUCCUUUCAUCUUCAUCACGUCGUGUUACCCUUUCUUAGCCAACGCGUUCUACCUCGUCGGGGUGCUAACGUACAUCUAUAACGUCUUUUUGGGCUACCUAGAGAUACCUUCGCUGUCGCACCAGCAGCGCCUGCUCUAUCCAGCGCUAGCUGCACUAGCAUUGUACGUUCUCUUUUGCAUCGACAACGUUAAUAUCAGUGCCGCGAUUUGGCGAUGGUCGUGGGGGACUGCUUAUUACUAA